UUGAGAUGGCAAUACAAAGGACACAAAAGGCUACACUUCCAGGGUUUCCUUGUAUUCCACUCAUUCGGUGGCGGUACUGGCUCUGGGUUCACAUCACUUCUUAUGGAAAGAUUGUCCGUUGACUACGGAAAGAAGGCCAAGCUUGAAUUCUCCGUCUAUCCAGCUCCACAGGUGUCGACAGCCGUUGUUGAGCCGUACAACUCGAUCCUGACCACCCAUACCACUCUCGAGCACUCGGACUGCUCGUUCAUGGUCGACAACGAAGCCAUCUACGACAUUUGCCGACGAAAUCUUGACAUCGAAAGACCCAGCUAUACCAACUUGAACCGACUUAUCGGACAAAUCGUCUCGUCGAUCACCGCUUCGCUUCGUUUUGAUGGAGCCCUGAAUGUGGACCUGACCGAAUUCCAGACCAAUCUCGUGCCGUACCCUCGCAUCCACUUCCCGCUUGCAACUUUCUCACCUGUAAUUUCCGCUGAAAAAGCUUAUCAUGAACAGCUGUCAGUCGCCGAAAUCACCAACAUGUGUUUCGAACCGCAUAAUCAGAUGGUAAAAUGCGAUCCACGACACGGCAAAUACAUGGCUGUGUGCCUUUUGUUCCGUGGUGACGUGGUGCCCAAGGAUGUUAACGCUGCCAUUGCCACCAUCAAGACGAAACGUUCUAUUCAGUUCGUCGACUGGUGUCCAACUGGUUUCAAGGUAUCGUCUUUUUUAUACUUCCUAAACUGCAAGAAACGCGAAAAAUUCAUUUUCGCGCCGUAA